AUGGCCUCAAUGCCAUACGACGAUAAAUUAGAGGAAACAUUAAAAAGAGAUCAAGAGAGCAUACAGAAUAACUUAAAUAAGUUUUUGAAGCCUGACUUUUGUGAAAAUGAAGAAGCAAAAAUCAGUAACUUAUAUGCAAAAGAUGAAGGGCCCCAUUGGCGUAAAGUCACCGGUAGUGGUAUUACAAAGUCGUUGAUUACAAAAAACUUACCGAAGGUCUUUCAGGAUUUACCAAUACAUACGCAGUCUACGUCGAGGGGGGACGUGGAGCUGGAACUGGAACAACAAAUUGUUUCAUUUGUCGGUAACAUAGACGAUGAGGAAUAUGAUAAACUCGUCGAAUUUUGCGACCCAAAACAUUUGGAAACUGGUCAUGAAUUAAAGAUGUCAAUGUCACUACCUACUAGCAAGGCUUCUGCUCUGAACAGUUGCUAUAAUCCUCAAGCUUCCAGUUCUCUACAUAUCUGCAAGAAUCUAAUGUUCCGAAAAGAAAUUGAUAAAAAGAAUUGCUAUUCCCGGAAGUUAAAAUAUAGAACAGUAUGCCUUAUACCACCACCUGAAGACGAUGAUGAACCUGACAAUGAGUUGCUGCAAUCAGGGAAAGAUAUCAUCUACAGAGUUAGAAUAUAUCGGCCAUUCCCCUAUUCACAUUCAGCAAAAUAUACUGUCCGUCAUUCGCUCUUGGUGUCAGAAAUCGUGGUGCUGGGGCAACAGCCCCUUUGGGUUCUGAGAGAUCACAUUUACUGUCUCAAUGACAUCUCUACAGGCAUUGAUGUCUCAGAGAACCCAGAUGCCGUACCCUCAACUUCACCUAAGGACCUAUUUCCGUCUAGUUUCAUGUUUAUCAACAACGUGUUCUACGUGGACGAACGCAAAGGCUGCGCCGACAUCACUCUGGAGUUGCGGGAAUGGGCGGCCGCACGGAACAUGGGCACCUUUCCCGUUCACUCCAUGGACGUCAAGCUGGAAGACGUCAGGAUCAGGCUCGGAUAUCCCGAUGUCUACGUGCACCUGGGCGACUGCGAGCACCCGUUCACCUUCUCGGAGGCGCGGCUGGCGCACCCCCGCGACCCUCUGCGACGGAUGUUCCCGUUCGUGAGCCAGGUGGGCCUGAGCCAGGUCAACUACUGCAGCAUAUGCUCGGAGCACAGCACCAAGUGGGUCGUCAAGGACUGCGACAUUGUCCCCUUCGACCCCACGUACUUCUGCGACACCUGCUUCCGCCUCUACCUGUACAAGGACGGGAAGAAGGUGUGUCCCUUCAAGGCUUACGCGUACAAAGGGAACGAGAUGAGCGUGUUGAAGCCCAGGCAAUGA